CAGGGGAAGGUGGCGGUUCCCCUGAGGAGGGUGUUUGUCUUUAAAGCUGACGCUCCCCGUCCCCCUCCCCGCAGGGAAGGCUGAGGGCGCUGCCGGCGCUGAAGUCCUUGUUGGGGUCCCCGCCCCGGAGCCUCUCUCAGCGGUCCUCUGCCUGUGAGUGUGAGGUGAGCUGAUUAACAGGCUGUGCUGACUUCUCUAAAUGCACAUUCUAUGACUCCUCAACAUAGUGUCACCUGAGAAAACAUCCCAGACCCCCAUCAGGACCAGGACCAAAUGGCUGCUUCUCAGGGAUGACAGAGGAGAGGGAGAAGCAGCACUGAUUCAUCCAGCUGUAGGUAACAGAACAGAUUGUGACAGGCAGCAGAGGGGACACAGAAGUGAGAAGAGAAAGAGCCAGGUGUGUACAUAGAUGGGAGCAAUCAGAAAGACCAAGGAGAAAGAACAACUGAAGGAGCUCACUGUUCCUGACUCUCUCCUGUGACAAAGGACUGGAGGGGGUGACCUUUCCCCCUUUUCCGGAUCCUUCUGACUGUGAGUGGAGGUGAGCUGAUUAACAGGCUGUGGGGACGCCUUUGAAAGCACAUUCUGUGACUCCUCAACAUAGUGUCACCUGAGGAAACAUCCCGACCCCGAUCAGGACCAGGACCAAAUGGCUGCUUCUCAGGAACCGUUGACCUUCAGGGAUGUGGCCAUAGAUUUCUCUCAGGAGGAGUGGGAAUGCCUGGACCCAUUACAGCAGAAAUUGUACCUGGAUGUGAUGUCGGAGAAUUACAGCAACCUUGCCUCCCUGGUUAUGUCAUCUGAAGAUGACCAGGCCUUUAUGCCAAAGUCCGGAAUACAAGAUUUAUUCUCUGAAAAAAUACUGAGUACAUAUAAUGGAGACCAAAGUUAUCAGUGGUAUGAACAUUGGAAUAACUUUAAGCAAGAGUCAUACCUUAAUAAUCAGUGGAGAAGCGAGCUUCCAGAGGACCAUUAUAAAAGUGGAAAAGUCAUUGACCAAAUGUCCAAUCACACUACACAUCAAGUUAUUCCUAUUGUGGAGAAGACAUACAAAGGCAGUAAAUAUGUCCAGUCUUUUCAGCAGUUUUCAAAUUACACUGAACAAGAGAAUAUUCAUAUCGGGGAGGAGGCUGACAAAUGGAAUCCUUGUGGUAGACUCUCCAGUCAAAUAUUCAAUCUAAAUAUAAUGGAAAAAAUCCAUAAUGGAGAAAAAACUUAUAAAUGUAAAGAUUCUGAUAGAACAUCUAAUUGGCCUUCAGGUUGUACUCUAAAUCAGAGAAUUCAGACUGGAGGGAAGUCUUACAAAUGUAAAGCAUGUGGCAAAGCCUUUAAAUGUCAUUCUUCUCUUAUUGUACAUAAGGGAAGAAUUCAUACUAUUGCAAAAUUUUGCAAGCUCAGAGAAGAUGGAAAAGGCUUUAGUCAGUUCUCAAGACAUACUCAACAUCAUAGAAAUCAUACAGGAGAAAAGUCUUAUAAAUGUUCAGAAUGUGACAAAGCCUUUACCCGGAGCUCAACCCUUAGUAUUCAUCAGAGAAUUCACACUGGAGAGAAACCUUAUGACUGUAGAGAUUGUGGCAAAGCCUAUGGAAGCUCCUCAGACCUUACUAAGCAUCAGAGAGUUCAUACUGGAGAGAAGCCUUAUAAAUGUAGAGAAUGUGGCAAAGCCUUUAGAUGGUCCUCAGAUCUUACUAAGCAUCAGAGAGUUCAUACUGGAGAACAGCCUUAUAAAUGUAGAGAAUGUGGCAAAGCCUUUUCACUGUCCUUAUACCUUACUAAGCAUCAGAGAGUUCAUACUGAAGAGAAGCCUUACAUAUGUGGAGAAUGUGGCAAAGCCUUUACACUGUCCUUAUACCUUAGUAGGCAUCAGAGACUUCAUACUGGAGAGAAGCCCCAUAAAUGUGGAGAAUGUGGCAAAGCCUUUAGAUGGUUCUCACAUCUUACUAUGCAUCAGAGAGUUCAUACUGGAGUGCAGCCUUAUAAAUGUAGGGGAUGUGGCAAAGCCUUUAGAUGGGCCUCAGACCUUACUACGCAUCAGAGAGUUCAUACGGGAGAAAAACCUUAUAAAUGUAGAGAAUGUGGCAAAGUCUUCAGCCGGCCCUCAACCCUUCGUAUUCAUCAGAGACUUCAUACUGGAGAGAAGCUUUAUAAAUGUAAUGAAUGUGGCAGAGCCUUUACACAGUCCUCACACCUUACUUCUCAUCAGAAAAUUCACACUGGUGUGGAGUCUUAUAAAUGUAGGGAAUGUGGCAAAAUCUUCAGUGGAGCAUCAGAACUUACUUAUCAGAGACUUCACAGUGGAGAGAACCCUUAUAUAUGUAGAGAAUGUGGCAAAACCUUCAGUGUAGCAUCAUACCUUACUUAUCAGAGAGUUGACACUGGAGAAAAGCCUUAUAAAUGUACUGAAUGCGGCAAAGUCUUUAGCCAAUCCUCACACUUUACUUGUCAUCAAAGAGUUCACACAGGAGAGAAACCUUAUAAAUGUAGGGAAUGUGGCAAAGCCUUUGGCAGCUCCUCAGGCCUUACUAGGCAUCAGAGAGUUCAUACUGGAGAGAAACCUUAUAAAUGUAGAGAAUGUGGCAAAGCCUUUAGAUGGUCCGCAGAUCUUAUUCCACAUCAGAGAGUUCAUACUGGAGAAAAACCUUAUAAAUGUGGAGAAUGUGGCAAAGCCUUUAGAAGAUCCUCAGAUCUUUCUAAUCAUCAGAGAGUUCAUACUGGAGAAAAGCCUUAUAAGUGUAGAGAAUGUGGCAAAACCUUUACACUGUCCUUAUAUCUGACUAGGCAUCAAAGAGUUCAUACUCAAGAGAAGCCUUACAUAUGUGGAGAAUGUGGCAAAGCCUUUACACUGUACUCAUACCUUACUAGGCAUCAGAGACUUCAUACUGGAGAGAAGCCUCAUAAAUGUGAAGAAUGUGGCAAAGCCUUUAGAUGGUCCUCACACCUUACUACGCAUCAGAGAGUUCAUACUGGAGAAAAACCUUGUAAAUAUACCGACUGUGGUGAAGUCUUUAGCCAGCCCUCAACUCUUAGUAUUCAUCAGAGACUUCAUACUGAAGAGAAGCUUUAUAAGUGUAAUGAAUGUGGCAAAGCCUUUACACAGUCCUCAGACCUUACUUCUCAUCAGAGAAUUCACACCGGAGAGGAAUAUUGUAGAGAAUGGCAAAAUCUUGAGUGGAGCAUCAGACCUUACAUAUCAGAGACUUCACAAUGGAGAGAACCCUUAUAUAUGUAGAGAAUGUUGCAAAACCUUCAGUGUAACAUCAUACCUUAUCAUCAGAGUUCACACCGGAGAGAAGCCUUAUAAAUGUAGAGAAUGUGGCAAAUUCAUUGGCAGUUCUUCAAAAUUUAUUUUGAAGAGGAAAAUGCACAGCAGAGAGAUCAUACUGGAGAGAAGCCUUAUAAAUGUAGAAAGUGUGAGAAACCUUUUAUUUACUGGUCCUGCUGUACUUGACCGCAUAGAUUUCAUAGUUGAGAGAAGUCUUAGAGAUGUGUGGAGUUUGGUAAGUCCUUGGCUACUAGUGAGAACGUACUGUACAUUACAGUAUUCACUCUGGAAAGAAGCCUUAUGAAUAUGAAAAAUGUAAAAAAGCCUUGAAAAGUCAUUCGGGUAUCAUUGUACUUGAGAGACUUCCUAACAGAGAUUGACCUUACAAAUGUAGAGAAUAAGCUGGAGCCUUUACCCACAGCUCAAAAUUUACUCAACAUCAGAGAUUUUAUACUGGUGGAAACCUUACACUGUAGAAAAUGUGAGAAAGCACUGGCUGGCAUUCCUCGGUUGUUUGUUUUGACCUAUGAACUACAAGGUUAGGGGGCAAUUCCUGGUCAGGGCACAUGCCCUGGUUGCAGACUCGAUCUCCAGUGUGUGGCAUGCACUCUCCUCUGAAAACAAUAAAAUAUAUAUUUUGAAAAAAGAAAAAAUGUGAGGAAACCUUUGGUCUGUGUGUAUUCCUUCCUGUAUAUCAGAGAGUUUAUACUGGAGAAAAACCUUGCAAAUGUGACGAGUGAUGUUAAUCCUUUUCUAGUCAAUGGAGUCUUAUUUAGCAUCAUAGAACUCUUUGUGAAGGAAAGCCUUACAACUGUGAAGACUGAGGCACAACUUUUAAUUACCAUUGUCUUGCUCAACACAAGAGAGCGUACUGGAGGGAACACCUAUAAAUGUAUUUUGUGUGACUUUGAUAAACAGUUGGGUUGCCCACACUGUGUUUCUCCUUGGUAGAGCGUCGACCCAUGAACUGGGAAGUCUGUGCUCAUUUCCCAAUCAAGGCUCAUGCCCUGUUUGUGGGCUAGAUACCCAGUAGGGUUCGUGCAAGUGCAGCUGAUUGAUGAUUCUUUGUUAUCAUUGCUGUUUCUAUCUAUUUCCCUCCCCCUUCUUCUCUCUCAAACCCUAUACCAGUGAUGUUGUAGUACAAGAUAGGAGAUGUUUCAUACCCAGGAUGCAGAAUUGCCAUGAACUCUGCAUUUGAGAGAGGACACCUGUUUCCGAGCUGCACUCCUAGGUAAACACAGAAAAUUAACUUAAUUUCAUUUUCUAUUUCAUAUUUCUGUGUUGUGUUUUUUUCCUCAUUUUUCUACUCAACUGAUACUCUUUUCUGCAGUGCUAUAACAAUGGCAUUUAAACCUCUUCUCUUCCACAUCAGCCCUUCUGGCCCCUAUAGCUUCUGUUCUGUACUUUAGAAUUUUACUAAUGCAAUAAUUGACACCAGAAUUGGGAAGUAUUUUGCUUUAUAUUCAUGAAGUAGGAGGACCACCAUUUGUUUUCAUGCUGGAUUCUGGAUUUUGAAUAUGAAUAUUAAUUUUUGUGUACUUCAUAACUGGAAUGAUUUUUCUUGUCCUGAUUUUCAUUGGUGUCCUUAAGAAUUUCUUAGUGUAAUGUAGCUGGUUUCGCUCAGUGUAUAGAACGUCAGCCUGUGGGAUGAAUGAUCCCAGGUUUGAUUCCUGUCAUGGACAAAUGCCUGG